CAACGUCAUAGCACCCACCAGCGAAUUCUACGAUGCUGAACAGACCAUCAGCCACCUCAAACACACCGGCUACUUUACAAAGAACAAGAACGCAGAUGCAGACGACUCUAGCGGCAACUGGCCCGAGAUUCUGGCCCAAUGGACAGACAAAGAAUUAGUCAUGAGUGCUCUGGGAGGACUGACGUUUUAUCUCGGCACCUUAAAACUGGAUAUGGAGUUGCUUUCCCAUGGUCACUUUACUGCCUACGACCCGAUGCGGCAGGGCAAGUCCCUGUUGAUGGACGGCCAGACACUGAAGAAUCUGGAAGUAUUGGAGAACAACAUGGGAACAGGUUCGUACUUGCAUAGUGUAAGAGUGGAAUGA